AUGUCAGACGACGGUUCACCGGUUGUUGAAGAUAAGAAGAAGCGUGGUCGUCCAGCAAAAAGCCCUGUCAAAGAAGCAAAGAGGAGAGGCAGACCGCCAGUGGAAAAGAACAACGUUGUAACUAAGUCUGACGAUGACGAUGAUGCCCCAGUACCUGUCAAAAGAGGCAGAGGGCGUCCAAAGGGAACGCAUAAGAAGAAGGCUAGUGCAGUAAAAGUUGCAACUGCGCCGCGUGGCCGUGGUAGACCGAAGAAGGUAGAAGAAAAGCCAGAAAGCACUGGUGAGGAAGAAGAUGAACAGGAGGAAGAGGAAGAGGAGAAUUGAAGUAACUGAGUCACCCUAGCUUUGAUUCACUCUCAGAUACCCUUGAAAAAAAUCCUCGUUCCUUUAUUUUAAGUUUUACUAUUCCAUAACUUGUUGAAAGCUCACACCAAGUGACACCGAAAUUCAUUAUAUUCCGAAUUUAAUAACAAAAGGAGGUAGAGAGAAAAAGUUUUAAAAAAGUAAAACAAAAAAAAAUGAGAAAAUGAAAAAGCUAACAGAAGUUAUUUGAGAAGCCAAGCUUUCAAAGAACACUACUUGUAUAAACCGUAUGUAAUGUAUUUUUUAGUAUUUAGACACGUUUUGAUUUAUUACUAAAUAUUGAAAAUGUGAACAAACAUUUAAGACUUUAGGCAUCCAAGCCCGGGUUCAUCUGUACUGUACGACCCAAUUUCAUUUUUAAACAAUGGUUUUUAGUAUCUUCAAAUACGAUUAUAUUACCUUAUGGCACUUCUAUAUAUUAAUAUUAUAAGUAAAAAUGGCUCUGCUCCGAAAUAUAAGAAGCAACUAACUUCGUAAUCACUAAAUAUCCGUAAACCUGGUGGAGUACUUUCCAUGUGAAAAGAUGUAGAAAGUAUUGCUACAAUGUCAAACGAAAUCUUAUUUCUGAUUAAACAUACAUUGUGUGAAUGUCAAAUUUGUAUUAAAUAAACUAUAAACAAAAUAA